AUGUCUGAGAUGAAAGUCCUCGUCCUGGGCCUCCCCAGAACAGGCACACAAUCCCUCGCCGACGCCCUCGCAAUUCUCUCCAUCUGCCCCGUCUACCACAUGCGCGAAGUCGCCAAAAACACCCACCAAGACCUCUGGAUAUCCGCCAUAAACGACAACCUCCCCGCCUCCAACCCUCGCAACCCCUGGUCCGCCCCCCAAUGGCACGCCCUCCUCUCCUCCUACUCCGCCGUCUCCGACUUCCCCCCUUCCCUCUUCCCAACCCCUCUCGCAACAGCAUACCCCUCAACCCCCAUAAUCCACACAACCCGCCCCUUCGAACCUUGGGCCUCCUCGAUGCGCGAUACCUUGAUCCACGCACACCUCCACCGGGAUGAAUUCCAAAAGUCGCCGAUGGAGGGGUUAGCGGACGCGUAUCACUCUGUCUGCUGGAACAACGACUUUGAGAAGAAUGGGGAGUCCUACUUUGAGAGACACCACGAGGAAGUGAGAGCUUUGAAGACUGAUGGGCGGAAGUUCCUCGAGUAUAGGCCUGGAGACGGGUGGGAGCCUCUUUGUGCGUUUCUGGGGGUCGAGGUGCCGGAUGUGCCGUUUCCGAGAAGUGAUGAUUGGGUUGAGUAUAAGGAGAAGGUUGAGAGGGAGAGGAGGGAGGCUGGUGCUGUCGAAAAGUAG